ACUCGAGCCAGCCCCCUUCUACCAAGUCGUUUAUGUGGAAAUGAAAUGCCCCUUUAAAAGCGAAAAUAGAGAAAUCUCAUCUGAACAGCAGCUUAACAAAAGUGGAAAUCAUUUAGAAUGGAGUGUAAAGAAUUGCCUGAGAUAAUACACACAAGAAUGUCCAAGGCUGCAAGUUGGAGGCUACAGAAAAUAACAUCAAACAUGCUUUAUUAGUUGCAAAUACGCCUCUUUGCACGGGAAAAGCUGAUACAAGCAAACUAUUGAUAUUUACUCAAAGCUAAGAUGAUGGAGUAUAAUGAGAGAGUCCUGUGCGGGUCUGGAGAGCUGGAGCUGGACCCCAACAUCGUCAGUGAAGAGGCUGGGAAGCUGUAUUCAGAACUACAGACGGUCAUUGAGCUCCAUGGAGAAGGUGUUGUGGAGUCCCUUGUCCCCAUAUUUGUUUGGGUCCUGGAGGGUUUGGCCAAUUGCAAAUCCCAACUCAGAGACAGAGAGGAGGAGGCCAGUCGAGAAAAAGCUGAAAAGGAGGAUCUACUUGAGAGAUAUCAAACUGAGAAAGCACUACGCAAAGAAAGCCAAGAGCGAUAUCUGGAGCUGGAUGACCAAAUUGAACAAGAGCGCAGAGCCAUGAGGAUGAGAGAGAAGGAGCGAGAGAGGAGAGAAAGGCAGUUGGAGAACAAAGCACGAGAGCAAGCUGAUCAGUUGGUGGCUUUGGAGGAACAAAAGACACAUCUCAGUAGAGAACUAAGCACACUACGGCACUCGCACACCAAGCUGACUUGCACAUAUCGAGAAAUGGUGGACAGGAAGAAAGACUCAGAAAGAGAGUCUCCUUUAAGAAAUCAUGUGCACCCAAAGAAUGCUGAGAAACCAUUCAGUGCCCUUUCAGAGUCCAGUCACAAUGAUAUGCUUAUUCGACGGCCACAUUCACUCUCUGGUCCUCUGAUGUUGGAGGAGGUGCAGCCCAAAGAGGAGCCCAGCCCAACACGCUCCACAGUGAAACCCGACGCAGACCAGUUCAUCAAUGACAUCAUCACCUCCACCCCUGAGCUGGCACACUUCCACGGAGGCGUGCGGUCCAGGGUCAGCAUCCCAGUUAAUCUAGAAGAACAACCGGGAAAUACAUUUGAGACCAGUUUGGAAGAUGAGAUCAGGAAAGACCAGGAGAAAGAAGAAGAGAGUGAUCCCAAAGAGCAGGAGGCAUCAGGCAGCAAGACAAAGGAGGUAGACGAGGAGGAGGAGGAAGAGUCUGAGGAUGAAGAGCUGGAGUUUGAGCUGCGAAACACGGACUCCGUUUUCUCGGAGCUGUCGGAGCUGAGCCGCGACUACUUGGAGAGUGUGGACCAAGGAGCCAGUGUCCGAGGUGGUACAGACCAGUUUGAGGAGAUUCUUGCUAAAUAUGAGGAACUGAAAGUCACUCAUGAGCUUGUAGAUGCAGCCCGUAAAUCUUUAAUAUCUCGAGUUGUGGAGUUGACUGAUGACCGUUCGGCUCUACAACUGGAACUCAGCUCGCUUCAAGAAACAGUGGCACGUUUAGACAAUCGACUUAAGGAAAAAGAGGAAGAGAUCAAAAGGCUCAAAGUGGACCUUGAAGCUUUUCAGUCAGCAGAUUCAGAUGCCUCUGUGCCGACAUCAGUGCGUCAUUUCUCUCGUUCUGAAAUGGCUCGAGUUGUCAUGGAGAAGAACCAGUACAAGCAGCGAUUGGUUGAGCUGCAGGAAGCGACGAGAAGAAGUCAAACUGUCAGAGCUUCAAGAGAGGAGAGUUUAACUGGUGAUAAAACCUCAAGCGUUUGGAAAAAGUUCAAUCGGUUACUUGGCCUCUCCAAGGAACCCCUGAUUCCACCUCCAUCUUCAGCAUUUUCUAAACCAAACUCCCCCCACCCUUCUGCACAACGCCAGGCUGCCACACCAGUCAAGUCAGAGUCCGUAUCUCAAGCUUUAUCACCUCGAGUCAGGCGGAGGGAACAUUACAGGGAAAUCCGCUCACACAUUUGGGAAAAACUGGGAAAACGUCAGAUUCACGGCUGGAGCGUUCCUCUGGCCAACACUCAGGAAUCACAGGAGCCUGUCCCUGAGCCCAAAGACAUCCCUGUUUUAGUCAAGCUCAGACUUCUCGAUCGGCGGGAUUCAACUGCGAAGCUGAAUUGUGCAGUGGCAGUCCCACCUGAAGUCUCUGGAGAAGCUUCUUGCUCAGUGUGGGUCAUAUCUGGUCCAGCCUCCAACAGUGAGAUCACAGUUAUAGACCCGGCCCGGCCCAACACAGUCCUGGACCAGUUCACACUCCCCCCCACGUCGCCUGCCCUCUGCAUCUGUGCGGUGCCCCCUGUAGGCGACAAUCAAGGAACUGUGUGGAUUGGAACUCAGGAAGGAAGCGUCCUGGUACACUCCGCCUCGUCCAACAGGAGGCGCUGUCUACAAUCCAUCUCGUUUUCAGAGGCUGUACAUUCACUCACGUUUACACAGAACACAGUCAUUGCAGGUUUAGCUGAUGGCACUUUAGGUUUUUUUUCACCUACACCAGGUGGCUGGGACCUCUCAUCUCAUGCAGUUAUGUCUCUUGGAUCCACUCCACUGCAGCCCAUUCGAUGUUGUCUUGCAAAAGCUGGUCGCAUGUGGGUGGGAUACUGGAACAAAGUCCAUGUGGUGGACAUCGAAAACAGGAAAACUGAGCUUGUGUUUACAGUGUCGGAGCGCAGUGAGCAGCAGGUGCGUUUCCUGUGUGCGGGGGGCAGUGGAGUGUGGACCGCCUGUCGACUCGACCCAAUCCUCCGACUCUACGACUGGACCACCGGGCGGCCGUUACAGGAAGUGGACUUUUCUGCCCUGAUCCUUAAAACUCUAGGCCCGUCCUUUCUCACACUGUCACCUCUUCAAAUCUCAUCUCUGUCCAUCAUCUGCGGUCGGCUCUGGAUUGGGACAGGAGGUGGCGCUGUAAUCUCCAUACCCUUAUCUAUAACAUCCGAAGCGGUUUCUAUCCCGUACUGCUCUAUUGCCUCGACUCAGCUGUGUUACCAUGGACACAGACAAGCGGUCAGGUUUAUCAUCCCUGCUCCAUCUUGUUUGAUGACCUCAUCUGACAACACUACUGUCACUCCAUCUCAGUUGAUUAUUAGCGGUGGCGAAGGAUACAUCAACUUCAGAAUCGGUGACGAUGCAAACGAGGAAUCGGAUGAAGCGAUCCAAAGCUCGCCUCAGCGGUCCGAACGCAGCCUCAUGAUCAUCUGGCAAAUCUCCUCCGCCACAGUGCCUAACCCUGCCCUUUGACCUCUGACCUCUGCCGCACUCUUGGGAAAUCAAAAACAUGCAUUAACUUCUGAGCUGGUGCUUCACUGAGCCGGGAAACUUCAUCAAACAAUAAAGACAUCUCAUGAGACAGUUUGUAAAAAUAAUAUUCUUGUAUUUGUUUACCUCAUUAAGAUGCACUUGUUUUGUUUGGGUAACGCUGGUGUUUUUUGGAACAGUUAACAAGAAGCUGGUCAGUAUUCAUUAUUUAAAUUGAUUUUAUGUUGUUCUUUUAAACCACUCAAUUAUUUCGGGUUUUGGGAAUUCCCUGAAACCUAAGAUGAUUAUUAUUUUUUGCAUAAAUUGCAGUGAAUGUGAAACAAAUGGGCAUGAAUCAUUAAGACAAUCAGACUUAUUAUUAUUCAGGUAUUUUUCUUCUGCCAGGGCAACUUUUGUUUGUCACCUUUUUUCCCAGCAUGCAGUAUUCUCAAUAUGUUGAUUUAACUGCUCUUAAUUUAAUGUAUGUCUGAUUUUGGUGUCUGCUAGUUAAAAAAAAAAGUGGAAUUCUUUAUGCUUUAUCUCUGUACUCGUCCUAUUCUUCUUGCAAAGAAGAUCUUACCAUUGGCUCUAAGCUCAGUUUAAGCAAAACAAUGUCAGUAAAUAAUUUUAGCCUUUUAUUUUUGUAAGUGACAACAACAUCUCAAAUGCAA